AAGCCUUUGAAAAUAGAGAGGAGGGAUCAUGUGAAUCCAACACUGUUUCCUUUAAAAUCCCUUUCAAUCUUUACUCUCACUCUCCUAUAUAUCUCUUCACCAUAUUUUCUUUUGGUCAAAACACUUUCUAUAUAUGAAAACCUAAGAUAACUAAGUAACACCUUCAAUCUUUUCCCAAUGAAAUCCAUAUCUUUAUUCGCGAUUCUUCUUCUCCAUCUCUUUGUUAGUACUAAUAGUUUCCAAUUGGAUCUCUUUCACUAUGUGGCGAGCGGAUCAAGCAUACCUGACUGCUCGAACGCGUGUGGACCAUGUAAACCGUGCAAGCUUGUCGUGAUCAGUUCCAAGUGUUCAGCCUCCGAGGCCUGCCCUCUCGUCUACAAGUGCUUGUGCAAAGGCAAAUACUAUCACGUGCCUACCCUCACCUAACUCUUCCUCAUCUCACGUGACCACUUCUUC